GUCAAAAUUGACGUGUCGCAGUGUGUGUGUGUGUGUGAUGGCGUGGAACGUGGAUAGUUGAACUGAAACGAUAAUAAUAUUGCAUCAUGUCGCAAAAAGUGGAUAGAGUUCCCGAGAAUAUAGAUUUUCCUAAAGAAGAGGAGAAGGUGUUGAAGUUCUGGAAGGAUAUAGAUGCUUUUCACACUUGCCUCAAGCAGUCAAAAAAUAGACCCAGAUACUCAUUUUAUGAUGGACCGCCAUUCGCUACCGGGUUGCCCCACUAUGGACAUAUUCUGGCUGGAACCAUCAAAGACGUUGUAACACGAUAUGCUCACCAACAGGGCUUUCACGUUGAGAGGCGGUUUGGGUGGGAUUGUCAUGGGCUCCCCGUUGAAUUUGAAAUUGACAAGACACUGGGUAUAAAGGGUCCUGAAGAUGUAGCAAAGAUGGGCAUUGACAAGUACAAUGCCGAGUGCAGGAAAAUUGUAAUGAAAUAUGCUGAUGAAUGGGAGACUGUCAUCACUCGUAUGGGAAGAUGGAUAGAUUUCAAAAAUGAUUACAAGACUCUCUACCCCUGGUUCAUGGAGUCCAUCUGGUGGGUGUUUAAGGAGCUGUUUAACAAAGGUAUGGUUUAUCAAGGAGUCAAGGUGAUGCCUUUUUCAACGGCCUGUUCUACACCACUCUCCAACUUCGAGUCUGGACAGAAUUACAAAGAUGUAGUUGACCCAGCUGUUGUUGUGUCAUUCCCAACUGCUCAAGGAUUCUCCCUACUUGCCUGGACAACCACGCCUUGGACUCUUCCAAGCAAUCUUGCUCUUUGUGUCAAUCCUAAACACACCUAUGUCAAAGUUCAAGAGAAAUCUACUGGCACAUGCUUCGUCCUUCAAGAAGUGCGCUUCCCUAUCAUCUUCAAAAAUGUAGAUGACUUUGUUAUACUGGAAAAAUUCCCUGGAGAAAAAUUAAAAGGCAUCAAAUACACGCCCCUUUUUGAUUACUUUGUGGGAAAAUGCCCCAAUGCUUAUCAGGUGCUGACAGAUGGAUAUGUUACUGAAGAUUCAGGUACUGGUGUCGUACAUCAGGCGCCUUACUUUGGUGAGGAUGAUUUCCGAGUUUGUCUCGCAGCAGGCGUCAUAACUCGAGAUCAGGAAAUUAUUUGUCCAGUUGAUGCAAGUGGUAAGUUUACUGAACCUGUCAAAGAUUUCCUAGGGCAAUAUGUAAAGGAUGCUGAUAAGAAUAUCAUAGCAAAUCUGAAAGCUCGAAAUAGGUUAGUUCAGAGUGGGCAAGUAAAACAUAGUUACCCAUUCUGCUGGCGAUCAGAAACGCCUCUCAUUUACAAAGCAGUGCCAUCAUGGUUUGUAAGAGUUGAACAAAUGAGUCAGGAUCUCUUGAAGUCAAGUGAAGUUACAUAUUGGGUUCCUGAAUUUGUUAAAGAGAAGAGGUUUGGAAACUGGCUAAAAGAGGCCCGCGAUUGGGCUAUCAGUAGAAAUAGAUACUGGGGAACACCUAUUCCAUUAUGGAUUUCCAGUGACAAGCAAGAAAUUGUGUGUGUGGGCAGUAUAGCCGAGCUUACUGCUUUGACUGGGAAAGAAGUGACUGACUUGCACAGAGAGAGUAUUGACCAUCUAGAGAUUCCAUCGUCAAGGCCUGGACAGCCGCCACUGAAAAGAGUGACGGAAGUGUUUGACUGCUGGUUCGAGUCAGGUUCUAUGCCAUACGCCCAAUGUCACUACCCAUUUGAAAACAAAAAGGAAUUCGAAGAUGUUUUCCCAGCAAAUUUUAUCGCUGAAGGUAUUGACCAGACAAGAGGAUGGUUCUACACUUUGAUUGUUCUAUCAACAGCUCUCUUUAAGAAACCUCCAUUCAAGAACCUGAUUGCCAAUGGUUUGAUUUUGGCGUCAGAUGGUCAAAAAAUGUCGAAGAGAAAGAAGAAUUAUCCUGAUCCAAUGGAAAUUGUAAAGAAAUAUGGUGCUGACGCUUUAAGACUGUACUUAGUGAAUUCCCCUGUUGUGAAGGCAGAAAACCUGCGAUUCAAGGAAGAAGGAGUAAGGGAUGUUAUCAAAGAUGUGUUCCUGCCUUGGUACAAUGCUUUCAGGUUCUUGAUGCAAAAUGUUGAAAGGAUUGUGCAAGAAGACAAAAUCGAUUACAAAUUCAAUGAAAAAGCGGUACGAGAUAAUGUUAUGGACAAGUGGAUUACGUCGUUUACACAGUCUCUCAUUGAAUAUGUGAAGAAAGAAAUGGCUGCCUACAGGUUGUACACUGUAGUACCACGGCUAACCAAAUUCAUUGAUCAUCUUACCAACUGGUACGUGCGUAUGAAUAGGAAGAGGCUAAAGGGAGAGAAUGGCGUGAAAGAUUGUCAGGUAGCACUGGACACACUGUUUGGUGUCUUAUUUGACAUGGUUCGGGUAAUGGCUUCGUUCACACCAUUCCUCACUGAAUCGAUGUACAAGAUUCUUCGUACCUUGUUGCCAGGCGAGUCACUUGACAGUGUGCAUUUCAAUUUGAUCCCCGAUCCAAAAUUGGACUUGGUAGACAAAGACAUCGAAAGAGCCGUUCAGAGAAUGCAGUCAGUUAUUGAAUUGGGAAGAGUGUUAAGAGACCGAAAGACUAUCCCCAUCAAGUAUCCGCUGCCUGAAAUGAUCGUUAUUCACCGAGACGAAACGUACCUGAAGGACAUCAAGUCGCUGGAGAAAUAUGUCCUGGAAGAAAUGAAUGUGAAGAAAGUGCUAUUGACAAGCGACAAGGAAAAGUAUGGCAUUACUUUAAGAGUUGAGCCCGAUCACAAGGUUCUUGGAGCGAGACUGAAAGGUGACUUCAAAGCUGUCACACAAGCUUUGAAAGAUCUCAAUAAUGAGCAGUGUGAGAAGUUGAUUGCCGAUGGUUCUGUGCAACUAGUUGGUCAGAAUAUCGACGUGUCUGAAGUAAGAGUGAUCUUCCAAGCACAGGGUAACGAUCAGUAUGAGGCCCACAGUGACAAUGACGUGCUGAUACUACUGAAUGUAACACCAGACCAGGACAUGCUUGACGAAGGCUUCUCUCGUGAGAUAAUAAACAGAGUACAAAAGCUAAGAAAGAAGGCUCAUCUGGUGCCCACAGAUGAAGUAGACGUUUUCUAUUCGGUCAAUAAAACGAGUGAUAUUUUACGCAUCAUUAAUAUACACCGCGAAUUUAUUGAAAGUACAGUAAAAGCGCCAUUGAUCCCGAUAGAGAAGAUAUCGGCAUCGAAACCUGUCGUUAUUGAAGAGACACAAGAACUGAAAGGGUCGCAAUUGAAGCUGGUUAUAACGUGGAGAAAGGAAGUGGAAUUGCCGGCGCAUCCGUGGGCAAACAUUGUCUUGCAAGGGCUGACACCACGAUUUGGCGUCACUGGUAACCAGGGAAGCAUCAUCUUAAAAGAUAAGAAUAAUAAGUUCAUCAGUGUGGAGAAGUUGUAUGAAGAAGUGAGGGUACUAUUUGGAUUGUAUGGCAUUAAAUUCACUUUGUGGUGUGGAGGAGCCGAAGUAAAGAACACUGCAGACCUGAACGGCAAAACCAUAGUAGUGUCGCUUUUGCAACCGAAGGAUUGCGUAGCCCAAUCUAGUCCUUUCUGCAAGUUUUUGAAUGUCGCUAACGGUACCAAAACAGCAACUCUGUUUUUGGAGAACCCUAUAGGCAAAAUAACGCUAAACAAAGAAGAUGCUCUGAAGUUUGUAUCUGAUUAUUUUGGAAUUAGAACGACUGAAAAAUAAAUUAAGUGCACACAUUUUCUGGCUAUGUAUUUUGAAUCUGUAUGUUAUUUAUUUCUAAUGUAAGCUAUUCUGAACACUACCUAUGAAUGCUACAUAAUAUACUACAGUAUUGUUUGACACCUCACUUGUAGUUUGUACCUAAUGUAUCUUAAUUUAUUUCAGCAAAUAAAUGUUAUAAAA